GGCGCAGUGACUCCGUCGUCAGGGAAGCGGUCGACGGUAGAGGUUUUCUUUGUUUACGUGUGUAACCCAAAGCAAGAAUUGUCCUUGUCACCUCUUCUUUUCAGUGCUUGUAAGAGAAGUGAGAAGAUGGUGAAUGUUCUGAAAGGUGUUCUGAUUGAAUGUGACCCAGCAAUGAAGCAGUUUCUGCUCUACUUGGAUGAGUCAAAUGCAUUGGGAAAGAAGUUCAUCAUACAAGACCUGGAUGAAACUCAUGUCUUUGUAUUAGCCGAGUUGGUUAACUUCCUCCAGGAGAGAGUGGGCGAGUUAAUGGACCAGAACUCUUUUCCUAUUACUCAGAAGUAAAAAGACUAGAAAAAUCAGAUUAAUGUGAGUUUUGUAAGAGUGAAUUUCAAUAGCUUGGGUUGUUACUGUUUUAAUAGGUACACUGUGGUCAGUGAGUUCUACAUGGAAGUGGCUACUCUAGAAAAUAGUUCAUUUUCAUAGACAAAAUACUUUUGAAUUGGAUUUUAUUUCUCAUUUUGAAAGAUUAUGGUAUCUUUAUUAAAACCCUUAAAAUGA